AUGAGCAUUACCAUACAUAUUAAGUGUGGUCAAGAUAACUGGGAAGUUACUGUCGAACCUACCGAUACCAUUUCUCAAUUAAAGAAGACUAUUAAAGAGAUAAGUGAUAUCCCUGAAGAGAGUCAACGUCUGAUAUAUUCUGGUAAGAUAUUGAAGGAUCCAGAGACCGUGGAGUCCUAUAAGAUUCAAGAUGGCCACGCUAUUCAUUUAGUGAAAUCAGGAUUGCAUAAGAAAAAUACUACUACACAAAGUACUUCUAAUAACAAUGGAACUGAAGCUGCAGCUGUACCAUCUAAUAUAGCUACAGGUCAAACAGGUGGAUUUAAUCCAUUGAAUGAUUUAACAUCUGCACGUUAUGCGGGAUACUUAAAUAUGCCUUCUGCUGAUAUGUUUGGUCCAGAUGGUGGGAUGAAUAAUAUCCCAAAUCAAGAUGAUAUGAUGAGAAUGAUGGAAAACCCUGUCGUACAAUCUCAAUUGAAUGAAAUGUUAAGUAAUCCACAAAUGGUUGAUUUCAUGAUUCAAUCCAAUCCACAAUUACAAGCUAUGGGUCCACAAGCUAGACAAAUGCUACAAAGUCCCAUGUUUAGACAAAUGUUAACAAACCCAGAUAUGAUGAGACAAAGUAUGCAAUUUGCUAAUAUGAUGAAUGGUGGCCAAGGUUUAGGCGGUGAAGGAACUGCGGAAUCUGCUUCUGCAUUCCCAGCACCAGGUGAAACUGGUGAAGAAGCCGCAGCACAUGCAUCGUCUGAGGAUGUUUCUACAGGUGCUACAACAGCUACGCCUGCAGCCCCUGCCGCAGGUAAUCCAUUCUCUGCUUUAUUUAACCCUGCAAUGAACCCAUUUGCAAAUAUGGGUAACGCGCAACAACAAGGUAGUAACCAGCAAACAACACCUGCAUUUGAUCCAGCUUUGCUAGCAUCUAUGUUUGGAGGUGCUGGAGCUAACUCUGCUGUUAAUGCACAACCACAAGACGAUAGACCGCCUGAAGAACGUUAUGAGACUCAGCUGAGACAAUUGAACGACAUGGGUUUCUUCGACUUCGAUAUGAAUGUUGCUGCUCUGAGACGUAGUGGUGGGUCUGUUCAAGGUGCAUUGGAUGCAUUACUAAACGGAAGUGUAUGA